UCCUCGAUUUGUCCUAUUGAUGGGGCUUUGGUGCAUCCACCCAAAGCCCUAAAAUUAGCUCCUCCAAUUGACUCCGUUCCCAACAUGAUGUUGAUUUCUACACAGCCUCCCAGAAUCUUAAAGGGUCAAAUGUUAGGCGGUCGUCUUAUGAAAGAGCCCAACAACAGUUCAUCCUCUCGGCUUGGCAUCCUUCGCUCUGAGAAUUCAGGAGAUAGUCUGGUAAGCAAAGCAAUUCAUUAUCUCGUCUGA